AUGGGCGGUCUCGUGCUCGUCCUGUGGGGCAUUCGAUUUUUCGCCUUCACAUUGCACGAGAGUCCAAAGUUCCUUGUGGGGCGUGGGCGCGACAAAGAGGCAGUAGAAGUUGUUCACAGGGUCGCGGAAUUCAAUGGUACGGUGUCGACGUUGACGGUCGACGAUCUGAGGGCUUUUGACUAUGGAGGUGAGAAGGCUGCGACCACACCCGCCAGGCGCAGGUGGAAAGUCAUCAAAGAAAAAACAAGAAUGUUCGACGGUACACACAUUAAACCAUUAUUCGAGACUCCUACACUAGCUCGAUCGACGACGAUGUUAAUCGCGAUCUGGGGUUUGAUCGGUCUCGCCAAUACGCUUUACAGCUCCUUCGUCACCUACUAUCUUUCCACCCGGGGUGCGGUCUUCGGAGACGGAUCUGUCUACGUCACAUAUCGAAAUUUAGUCAUUCUAAGCGUUAUCGGUCUCCCCGGCCCCUUAUUCUCCGCGUAUCUCAUCGAAUGUCGUCCCCUGGGCCGACGAAGAACCUUAGCCAUCUCCGUCGCCCUUACUGGAAUAUUCGUCUUGGCCGCGACGACUGCACGCUCCUCCACAGUACUCCUCAUCUGGAACUGCGCGUGUGGCUUCACGACCAACAUGACGUUCUCCGUCCUGCAAACUAUGACCCCAGAGCUCUCUCCUACCAGAAGUCGCGUGACGGGGAUCGCGAUGGCCGCAGCUGUGCACCGGAUCUCCGGCGUCAUGGCUCCAGUCAUCGCCCUCUAUGCUAACCUCGCUACCGCAGUGCCGAUAUACAUUGCAGGUGCAAUUUUCUUGGUCGCUGCCGUUAUGGCGAUACUUCUUCCUUAUGAAUCGAGAGGAAGGGCAUCGAUGUAG